GAGUUAAGCUUUUAGUCAAAAGUAUUAAAAUAUAUAAAUAUUUAAUUGAACUUAAUUCUUGGUUUGAUUAUACGACAAAAUUUCAUAAUGUUUGUUCCAUGGGACAGUCUAUUAGAAAUUAUAACUCAUUACAGUUCAAAAAAUAAGUUUUUAGACAUUUUUGGACGUACUACUCACGAUAAAAAGAUUUCACUAUGUAUGGAAGAUACAUUUAUCAGGUACCUUAUUUAUGACCAUUAUAAUAAAUGAAAUGUAUACUCAUCGUAUUUAAAAUAUUACAGAAAUUGUUUAGAACAAUGGUUGGCAAGCGAUGAGUUCAAUGAUAGUCUUAAAAACACCGAAAAAUCCAAAUUCAUUCGAUUUAAAGCUAAUAGAGAAUUUGAAAAAGAUUAUUUGGAAAAAUGCUGUAAACUCUACACCAAGGCAGCUCAGUAUGCACUAUAUAAUAGUAUGGAAUACGCAUUAGCUUUUUCUAAUCGUUCAGCUGUAUAUAUGAAAUUAAAAAGAUAUGAAGUAUGAUUUAUUUAGAACUUUUAAUUUAAUUAAAAUAUAUUAUACUAAUCAAAUGUGAUUUUAGGAUUGUUUGAAAGAUAUUGAUAUAAGUUUAAACGUGUUAGAAAAUUUGGAUAUUCCCUUAAAACAAAUUACCAUAAGACAAAUAAUUGUUAAGUUACUUAAACGUAAAAUAAAUUGUUUGAUAGCCUUAAAACAUUAUAAAAAAGGUAGAAUGUGCUGGGAUCAUUUGUUAGCUGUACCAACAAAUAUGUUUAAUGCUUCUUUGGAAGGUAUUUAACAUAGUUAUCCUAUAUUUUAAAAUACAGUAUUUAUUAUUAAUAUCAACAAAUUAAUUUUUAGUUGAAUUUAAGAAAAAUUGCCAAGUAUUAUUUGAUUAUGAUGGUAAAGAAGAUCCUGUUGAAAAUAUUGAUGGUACUAUUGAACCCAAGCCCACCAUUUCUAGGGAUUUUAUUGAAGAUGUAUUGAAAAAAGAAAACAAAAUACUUCCAUUUAAGUCUUCUAAACUGAAAUUAUGGUAAGUAAAAUAUUUCUUUAUCUAUUUUUGUUCAGUAGAUGAUUUUAUCUCAGUGUUAUAAAUAAUUGGAGUUUUAAUUAUUUAUUUUAGUUAUACAGAAACAAAAGGAAACCAUUUUAUUGCUUCAAAUGAAAUAAAAUAUGGUGAAUUACUAAUGUUUGAAAAUCCAUUUGCGUUUGUGUUAUUACCAGAGUUCUACAAUGAAUUCUGUUAUAACUGCUUCUUGAAAUUAAAACAUUCAAUUCCGUAAGUGUUUUUCUUCAAAAUUUAAAUUAUUGUUUUUAGUUAAUAUUUAAUGAUUUAAUUAAACCUAUUUAUAGUUGUGAACAUUGUAGUGCAAUUUUAUUUUGUUCUGAAAAAUGUCGCCAAGAAUCCUGGGAUUCAUUUCAUUGUUGGGAAUGCAAACAGGGUCCAUCAAUUUUAAAAUGUAUCGGUAUUGCUCACCUUGCGUUACGUUUGAGUUUUAAAACUUUAAACCCAUCCAGUAAAAAUACUGAUCAAAUAUAUAAUCUAUUAACACAUAUUGAUGAUUUAGAUCCAAUUCAAUUAUUGCAAUACAGUUUGGUAAUUGAAUAUUAUUUAAUUACAUUUUUUUUUUUUUAUAAUACCUUAUAAUUUUUCAAUUUAGACUGCUACUCUUUUACUUUUAUACUUGAAAAAUAAAACUGAUUAUUUUAUAAAACAUCCAAAUCUUGACAUUUAUUCCGUGGGAAAAGACUUACUAUACCAUAUGACAAGAUUAGUGUGCAAUGGAAAUGCUAUUUCAACUCAUUUACUAUCAGAUAGUAAUUCAAAUAACACAAUAGAAGAAAUAGAGCCACGUAUUGGAACAGCUAUUUUUCCUACUUCAAGUUUGUUAAAUCAUUCAUGUAAUCCAAACAUAUUUUCAAGGUAAUAUUUAUUUUUAAUUUUUAAUUGUAUAUUGAUGAUUUUAUAAUUUGAAUAAACUUUUCAGUAAUGUACUAAAUUAUGUGGUCAUAAAAGCAACACGUAUUAUUAAAGAAGGAGAAGAAAUAACCAAUUGCUAUGGUAAUUACAAACUAUAAAAUAUUUUUGUUUCAAUAAUUUUAAUUUUAAAUUUAUUUAAAGGUCCUCAUUUUCAACGAAUGCGAUAUUCUGAAAGACAAAAAGUAUUAAAAAAACAAUAUCAUUUUGAAUGUGAUUGUAUCGUUUGUAUCAAUCCACGUGAUGAAAAUAAAUUUUAUCAAAUAUUUGAAGGACUAAAAUGUUUAAGCUGUUAUGGUGAAACAAAAGAGACAUUAGACGAUUUAGUUCAAAAUAAUUUAAUAGCCUGUCAUUUUUGCUAUAAAAUAUACAAUGCUGCAGAUUAUAGGAAAGUUUUAUCGUUAGCUGAAAAAUUCUGUUAUGAAGGUGAAUAUUAUAUUAUUUGAUGAUUUUUAAUGAUACACAAUCAGUAAUUGUAUUUUUUUUUUUUAAUGUAAUAAUAAAUAAAACAUUAAUAUGUAAUAAAUUAAAGAGUAUGCCUACAAGUAAGAAAAGUUGAAUACAUAUAAUUUAGAAUUAGGAUUUAUUUUAUUGUGGUUGCAAAUUUAAUGAAAUAUUUUUAAUUUAAUUAGGAAUGAUCGAACUCGAGAAAAAUAAUCUCAAAAACGCAUUUUUUAGUUUUGAAAAGAGCUUAAAAUUUUAUGAUAGAGCUUUAAACGAAAACAAUUUAUGUGUUGCAAAGGUUUGCAAUAAUAUAGCAAGAUGUUAUGCUUCAUCUGGUAAGACAAUCCUAAUAAAAAUAAAAAUUACUUAUUGCUUUGUUAGUUAUUAAAACAUGCAUUUAUUGUUUUUAAAUACUACAUACAAAUAUCAUACUAUUUUUUAUUAUAUUCAAUAUUUUGCUGGUAUUUACUGGUGUAUAGGUAUAUAUAUUUUUUAAUAUUAACCUCUACAAUAUUUUAUUUAAUACUUGGUAAUAUACAGUGUGGUCGUGUCGAUGCCCUUUAAAAGUAACACAAAAUAUUUUCUGUUUGGUGAAUUCAGAUUGAUAUAGGGUUUACGGAAAGAGCUAUGAAAUAUUGAAAGAUAUAUUUUAGGAUAAAUUUCAAAUUUAUAACUUUUGGUGUCCGCAGACACAAUAUAAAUGAUUUUGAAAAACAACAUAAUAUUUGAGUAGACCUACUUUUUUCAAUCAACUAUGAUCAAUACAAUUUUUCAAUCUCAAAAGUAACCUGUUGAGGCUUAUCCACGAGGAUAAAUCAAAUUGAUGUCUGGGUCUAAGCAGAUCCAACACUUGUGUAUAUUUAGAACUAGGGUAUUUUCCAAAUUUAGCUGAUGUUUUAGCGGAUGUAUUAAAAUAGCAGCCUUGGACGUUUGGUGGGCUUGGAACACAGGCCAAUCAUUCGUUGGUGACUAAAGUAUUAUUUUACAUUGAAAUAGAAACCACAUAAUUUUGAUUCAAGAUUUGCUGUAUAGAAGAUAUUUAAAGAAUUCAAUGUAGUUUCGGAACGAAUAUUAAUUAUAUCACUUGUGACCAACUUGAUAAAUAUAUCCAUAAUAGAUAUAUGGACAUACAUCAACUGAAGUAAGUAAUGAUAAUGUGAAAGAUGUGUUGUAUGAAAAGCUAUGAAGACUGAAGAGAUUUCUGGAUAUGUUAUUAAAGUUGUUAUUGGUGAUUUAAAACAAAAUGUGUAUGUAAAGCACAGUAUCAGUUAACAAUGUAGAAAAAAUGUUCAUUUAGUGAUAGCAAUAAAGAUGGACACAUAAUGAGACCAUAUUAUAUCUCACUAUUAUCUUUAUAAAAGUGCCAACCCUUAAUUACGGUUGUUUAGUAUGGUAGAAAAUAGCCAUAAUGAAACAAAAAAUAGCUGACGGAAAAGGUACAACAGAAAACUAUAUGCCAUGGUUCGUGUGGCACCAGUAACUAGUUAUAUUAAAGGGCAAAAGCUACAACAGUUAGGCCAAAUAAUGAGAAAAGGAGAGAAAGAAAAGAAAAGAAGAAGUACUGGAAUAAAAACCUCAGAGAAAGAUUUUGUGGUAAUUCUAAGAAAAGGUAAAUAGAUGUGGUUGAAGACGAAUUAAGAAAAAUGAUAGUGGAUGGAGAUAUAAUUGACGACAGGGAUAAAUGAUGUGAUAUGAGGUAAAAACUCGAAGAGUUCACAAGAGAAAAAAUUACCGAGAAUAAAGCCAUUUUGAAAUUUGUUUAAAACAUGGUUUAUCGCUUUAAUAAGAAAAUUAAAAAAUUUUAAUUCUGACCAAAGCAAGGAAUGUAUCAGUUUUAUAAUGGUGUUUAUUUUUUUUUUUUUUUUUUUUUACACGUAAACAACUUUUCUACCAGAAAUCUUGCACCGAUUAAACAGUGUAGCACUUUUUCUUAAAGGAAAUUUCAUCUGGGUGGUAUGUUAAGGACAAUUUUCCCAAUAAAUAGAAAAAAUAAGAAAAUGUAUUGGGAAAAUCGAAAAAUAUACGAAAUUUAUUAUUUUAAAUUUUGUUUUUUUGAUUCUGAGUGUAGUGAAGAAUGUAUUGGUUUUACAAAGAGGUUUUUUUUUUUUAUUACUUUGAACAAAAACUAAUAGAAAUCUUGCUCUAAAGUAUCAAGUAUAGCACCUUUUCUAAAAAGGAAUUUUUCUGGGGUGGUAUUAUAGGAGGUCUUUUUUUUUACUAAAAAAUAGGUAUAAUAUUAAACAAACACCAUUAUUAAAGAAAAUAUGUAAUGCAUGUGUAAUUAUUUUACUAUGUUACUUAUAUAUUGAUGGCAAAUCUCUACACUAGUAACCAAACUCCGCUCAGAAUUGUUUUUUGUUAGCAAUGGUUAAUUGUUGCGUAUAGAUACAUAUUAAAUUUCUUUUCUAUCUUUCCAACUUCUCACCUACAAUUGUGGAGAUUUGAAAUUUGGACAGAACAUUUAGAUUGGCUUUUUCUAGAUGUGAUAAAACAUAUUAGCCAUUUUUGAGCUAUUUAGUUAUAAAUAUUUAAAUUUUUAUAAGAUUUUUUAUACAAUUUUAAAUAAAUAUUCUGUGGAUAAAAUUGUUUUAACAGGAGAUUAAUUAUAAAUCGUACUUUGUGGUAAAAAUAAUAAAUAAAUAGUGUGGUGUAGAAUUUCUUUUUUAAAAGAAUUUUAAUAUUCAAUAUUGACCAAAAUUGUAAUUACUACAGUAUUUUAAAACACACAUUUCAAAUGUAUAAAAAUAAUUUUAUUAAUUAAAGUUAUUUGAAAAAAUAAACUACUUACUCUGGUGUUACUUACUAAAUCUAGUUUUAAAAAUAAGCAUUGUUAUUCAAAAAACAAAAUUUAUAGUGUGCAUGCUCGAAUAAAAAGGGUUAAAAUGUUUAACUUUAUUCUUUAAUGUGUAUUUCAGUAUUCUUUAGCUCUUCUUAAAAACUCCAUUCCAAUCUAAGGUCACCAGAUAGAAAUAUUUUGUGUUAAGCAUCUACCUUUAAAAUUAAUCACACUGUAUAUAUUUAGUAUACUUUAAAUUUGUAUCUAUUUUUUUUUUUAUUCGUAUUUUAUUAAUUAUAGGACAGUUUACUCGUUGUUAUACAUAUUUGAUGAAGAGUUUUAGAACAAUAGAAAAACGUUUUGGUGCACAUAGUUUAGAAGUUGCUUACGAGAUGGAUAAGAUAUCAGAUGUAAUAUUAAUGAACAUGGAAAACAACAAGUAAUAUUACUAAUUAUAUUAUUGUAGCAGUAUGUGACAAUCAGGAUUAGUUAAACAAAUUAUAGCUAUUAUUUAUAAAUAUAGUAUUAGAUAUAUAAAUCCUGACAUAUAAGUAGUCCUGAGAAAUUAUAUAAAAAACAGUUUUUUUUAUUAAAAAGUAAAAUACUAUUUGCGAUUAUUAAUAUCUCAAGAUAAUUGAGUAUGAAUGAAAUUAAUAUUUUAUAGACAAGAAAAAUUCAGUUUCAUUAAUAAUAUUGGUGUUUUUCUUAAAAAACAUUUAGUCGGAUGCUUAGAUUUUCAUUCCAUACCUUAAGCUUAAAAUAAGCGUAAUUUCCAUCGAGUGGUACUUGAAUAAUAGCCUUAGAUUCUUAACAAUUUUUCUAAAAAACGAAAUAAUUUAUUAAUAAAUGACAAUACAUUAGUUUAUUACUAUAUUUAAAUCCUACGGGUUUGUUGUCUAUUACUUGACAAAUGUUAUCCUUAAAAUGAACUGGGUUGUUAGGGAUUUGAGAUAGCUCUGUAAGAAGAAGUAGCGAAAUAAGUCUUCAAGGGCAAUCAAAACACACAUUCAUUUUUCAAAGUUCAACAGAAGUACAAAGUAUCUAUAUAAAAUUGUAAUAAAAUGUCUUUGAAAACGUCAUUUUAAGUAGAAUACAUAAAGUUAGCAGAAUGAGUUAGCAAACAUCUAUGUUUGUAUGAUCUAAACAAUUCAAACUAAAAAGAUAAACAAAUUUUAAUGCAAUUUUUAUGGCUUCUAUUAAAAAUAUGAAUUUUUGUUUAUUUUAAAUAUAUUUUCACAAUAAUGAGAUGUGAUGUCGAAAAAAUGCUGGGAACUAUUAUAAUAAAUUAUUUAUUUUAUAUGUCUUAUAUAUUUGAAAACACAUUUAAAUUAAUAUACAAAUACAACCAUUCCAAACAGAAAACGUGCAUAACUACGUGGUACGUGUCUAUACAUUUUAGUCCUGUAGUGUUAGCUAUGCAUCUUUUGAUGUGUAUAUAGGAAUCAAUUAUAGAUCACGUGACUAAUUAAAUGACCGUGCUGUGUUUCUGGACGUGUACAUAGGAAUCGCAGCUGAAAAGAAAAUUAAGUACUCAAGUUCAAAAAACUUUCAAAUUUUGCUGUUAGUGUUGGCCAAUAGAGGCUGCCACUUAAUACUUUUUGUUUUAUUGAACUUUGAAUUAAGAAGACGUUUUACAGGCAUGUAUUGUCUUAGUCCAAUUAACUCACAAUAUAGCAAAAUCUACUUUAUGCAGGCUACGUAGAACUCGUUUAAUUUUAGUUUUAUAGUAAAAUUAUCCAUUAUAAAAUUAAAAAUAAUAUUUUGGAGGGCAAGUCAAUUAGUUUUUCCUAUUAUUCCAUCUAUAAUGUUCAAUGUAUCGUAUAGAAAUAAAAACUAAUUCAUUGUCUCGAAUCAAAAUUAAGCGAGUUCUACGCCAAGUAGGUUUUACUCUUUUGACCGUUAAAUGGACUGAGACAGCAUAAUAUACAGGUGAAAUGUCCUCUUAAACAAGUAAUACCGCAAGAUCUCUUAUAAUAAAUAGUUAAAUAUAAUUUUUUAUAUAUUUAAAAUUGUUAUUUAUAUUAUGUUUUAAUUAAUUAAUCUUUAUAAAAUUACCAUUGUUUUAAAACAGUAUUAUUAUUCCUAGGCAAUUCAUUAACCAGAACAUUGGCAUUGCAACAGUAUUAAAUUAUGUCAGAAAAUCAAUGAAUAUAUUUAACGCUAGAUUGUCUGCAUGGAAUAUUCCAUACAAUGAACCUAACAUGGAACAACUUAAGUAUAAACAAGAAUUAUUUUUAAAAAUGUUAGAAUAGUAUUAAAACCUGUAAAAAUUAUGAAGACUUAAAAAAAUCAAGAAGUCAUAAUUGUUCUCCUAAAAUAAUAAAAUAGUUUAAUAUUUUAUAUAAUCGCAUUUAUUGCCAAAUUAUUAAUAAUUCUAAAGUACAGUAAAACUCGCUUAACCCUUUCAUUACCACUGUCCAUUUCAAUGGACAUAAAUUUUUAGUCAUUACUAUGGAUCUAUAUCUUAAUAUUAAAUAAUUGAUUAUUUGAUUAAAUGAUAUUUUAAUUAUUUAGUUGAGUAAUGAUAUUUUAAUUAUUUAGUUGAGUAAUGAAAGGGUUAUGAUACUAUUCAAGGAACCACUCUAAAGAUUGUUUUAUGUGAGAAUUAAAAAAAAAAAAAUAUUGUAAACUAUUUAGUUUUUAUUAAGAAACAUAGUUAAAAUAACAGAUGAUAAAUGUAUACAUAAAUACAUAUUUAUUAUAUUCACUAUAAAUAUUAUUUCACUUAUAUCAUAUACUUACACAAAAUUAAUGAUACAAACUUGCCAACUGCAUAACACUUAACCACAAAUAAUCGUUAUUUUAUAUAUUUAUUAUUAACUGCUUAACAAAAGACUGUAUUUCUGAUUAUAUAUAGAAAAACUGUAUUUUAUCACGUGGUUUUUACACUGUUUAAUAUAGGAAAUGUUAAGGGACUGGUACAAAAUAAUUUUUUAUGUGAGAAAGCGUCUCAUGUGAGUUUUACAAUAAUUUUUAUUAUAAGAACAGAUUAUUUUUAAUUUUAUAAUGAUUUUAAUGAUAUUAUAUCAUUAAGAUUAUCUUUUUAAUAUUAUUAGUAUAUCCUUAACCACGCAUUGUCGUGCUAGUGUGUUUUUCCAACCAUGUUAUAAUUUUAAGUAUAUGUUAUGUAACUAAUACAAUAUAUGACAAUUGUAAUAAUAUAAACAAAUAAUUAAAAAUGUGUAAUAUGCAACAGAAAAUUGCAUCUAUCAUUGUCAUGUAAAUGUGUUUGUCGAAAUAAUAUUGAUUUAUUUAGAACAAUACUAUUUUUUUUUUUUAAUAAAAUUAUUUAAAGGAUACUGAGUAUCAAUGAUCGAAAUAUAAAAUGUAUAUCUGUCUCCUAUGGACUCUGACCUGGGCAGACUGUAUUGUGAAUAUACAAUUUGUAUUAGUUUAAUCAGAUUGUGCGUAUGUAAUUAUUAACCAUUCACUAUAUACAUAUAGCUUGUAGAACUUUGUACUCUAAAUUAUAGAAAUAUUAUAUUUAUUACUUACUUAUGAUAUGCUUUUAUUUAUUUUGAUAUAAUAAAUGGUACUUAUGCCUUUGUCAUUAAAGAGUAAUAACAACAUAUAAUUAGAGAGUACAUUAUCAGGAAUAAUAAUAUAUAAAAUUAUCAUUUUAAACCAUAAACAUAUAUUUGAUAAGUCAAAUAUAAAAUAAAUUAUAGAAAAAAAAGUAUUGACAAUAUUAUUUAAAACGUUCAAAAUGUAUUAAAUAGUUUAAUUUCAUACACAUAAUUAUAUAUAUAUAUAUAUAUAUUGAUUGAUAUUCAGGUUUAAUUUCCAAUGACAAAUGUACGUACAAAUAAUGUUGGUUCAUUUAUUUAUUUCAAAAUGAUGGUGGUUAUAAUUUUAACAUAUUGUGUAUUCAAAAGAUGUUUAAAUGUAAUAUGUGUAAUAUAUAUGACAUUUGAGUAGUUAUAAAAUCAAAUCACUUCAGUAUAAAUUUGUAACAAAUCAAUAAUAAUUUUCUAAAGACUGGUAAAUUCUGUAGUUAUAAAAAAAACAAUUGAAUUAAAAAUAUGAAUUACUAAUCAAUUUUACAUACAUAUAAUUUGUUUUAAUAUAUUUUUCUUGGUACAUAAAUGAAUACAAAAUUCCUCCACUUGUUAUAAUCAACAGUAACAAUUGACUACAAUUAUAAAUAAAAAUUAAAACUUAAAAAAAGAAAGAAAAGGAAACUGAAAAUAAUGUAGACAACAAAUAUAAUAAUAAACAGGCAACUAAUAUAAGUUUUUAAAAGUAAUGUAUCAGUGGUACCUAAUGGAUGUUUAUACUACAGAUAUAGGUAAUAUACUUGGGAACUUUUAUUUUAGUUAUUAGUUUAUAUUUUAGUUAUUUUAGGUUAAAAGGGUAAAUAUAUCUAAGAAUGAACAAUUGAUUAUUCAUACUGACCCUGUAUUGAUUAGAAUAAAAUAUAAAGAAAAAGGCGGUAGUAAACAUAUGAGUAAUAAAUAUAACAAUUUAUAUUAUAUUGAGCAUUGUUUCAUUUAAAAUAUAUAUAAGUUGCCUAUUUAAAAGGAAGGUAGGGGAGAAGAAGAAAGAAAAUUAGAAUAUCUAUUUUUUUUUUUAUAUAAGGUAACUUAAUAAAAUACAUUAAAUAAAAAUUAAAACUAACCUCAUUAAACAUAAAUACAAAAUUGCUUUAUGUUUAACGAAAAGGAGGAACUUUCAGGCUUAAACGUGUGAUUUUUAAAAAACCAUCACUACCCUACGCGAGGAUAAUAAUUAUAAAUAAUUUAUUAAUUCAUUGAAUUGUCAAUCAGUCAUUUGCUUAGAAAAUAAAUAAAACAAUUACGUUUUGGCAUUAUUUAUAACUUUGCUAUAACUUUUUUUCUUUAUAAAAUAUUAACAGAAAAGUACAUAAUUUGAAUAUACAUUGUACGUGAAUGUAUACAAUAUAUAUAUUAUAGAGUACUUAUAAUUGUUGAGCUUUUUUACUCGUUCUGACAGUCAGUCUUGUUACAAACAGUAUGAAGGUAUGUAUGUUUUUCAAUAAAUGUCUUCACUGUCAUUAUCUUUGUGACAUAAAUCUAAUACUACCUUGUCAAAUUCUUCCAUUCGUUCAUCAAAACAUUUAAUUUGAUCAACAAUUUCUGACAGGUGAUUGCAGAUAUUCAAAUGAUCAGAACAAACCUUUAAUGGCGGAGCUGUAAGAAAUGUUUGAUAGAACAGUGCCAAUUGAGUGUUAGGGUUAGAAUCAGAAAAUGCAGCUGGCUGAAAUUGCAAUGGGUUAGUGUCGCAACUACGUCGCCGGCAAAAAUCUUCUGGUGUACGUGGUUUUACAGACUGGCCCUGAAAUAA